UUAGGUCUCUGAUCAGUAUGAGUUUAUGUCUAUAUCGGACAAAGACUCUCUCAAAAUGUUUAACACCAGUGAUACAGCAAGUUGCUCAUUACAAUGACAAGUACGUCGCCAGAAAGAAAAGGUGGCCUGAACACGUUAACAAUAUGAGAAAAACAAAGGUCCUCAGGAAGAUUCUUAAUGAAGUAGAGCCGACCCCACACGACACGAUGCUGGAGGAAGCGUUGAGAUUCAGCGAAGGGGAGUUUAGAGCCCAACUAUUACAUCUUAGAGAGGAGUGGGGUAAGAUGUACAAUGUCCGGGAAGAAACAGCACGUGCAACAAGUGCUGCGCAGCACAAGGAACUGGAAAAAGAGCGAUGGACCUUUGUGAAGCAGUUAAACGCGAAACAAGCUAAAAAGAGGCGCAAGAAUAACAACAAAAUACCUAUGAUACAUUCUGAAAUGGAACGGCUCUCGAUAGAAGAAGACUACAGAAGAUCCCAGCUCACUUCCCCAAAUGUAGAGGUUGAUAGUUUCCUUCAACAACAAAGCGACCAGUCUAUUCUUACUCCUGAUAAUUUUGAUUCCAUUCUCGAUCAAGUAUUGUCCGAAUCUAAAGUUGACACAGCAUUCAGAUUGAAUGUGAAGAAGAAAACAACACGUCUUGCUCCGUUUGUCACCCACAAUAUCGAAUUCCUGCUUGACAACGUCCCUGCAAAUAGAUAGCACGGAAAUUAACGUUGAAAAUUAAAACGUCUGAGAAUUUUUAUAAAAUCACUUUCCCAUUGAUGUAAGGGACUUUUCUUACUUCAAUAGUUUGAUUCCGAGGAAACUAUAAACUUUUCGUUUGGCCCUAUUUUCGGAACUUUUUUUCAAGUUUUCUUAUUAAGGUUUUGUUGGCGUAUUGAAAAGGUUGUAUUAAACAUACUAUCCCGAAUACAAUGCCAUUAUCAAUCACAGUUAUUAUUAAUUUAUUAAUCGUUUCGUACAUGAUUUC